AUGAAUAUUAUUAAUCAGUUGUUAGCAGGAACAAAUCUUUUUCGCCUAAAUUUCUAGAUGAGUAACAAUAAGAACUUGAAUAAUGCUGUAAACGAUAAGUAAGACUAGCUCAAUUUACUUUAAAAUACUCUUUUCUCUAAUAUGUUGAUUGCUUCAUAAAUGUAAAAUUUAGAAAAGCAAACCAAUCAAUAAUAGGUACCAGUUGUUGCUAAGUCAAAAAAGAUUAGUAAACGAGAUAAUAAUUGUGGACAUCCUGACAAAGAACAUUAUGCUAAAGGUAUGUGUAGCAAUUGCUACCAUAAAUAUGGAAGGACUAAAAAGCCUUGGAUCUGUGGCCAUCAGAAGUUGUACGCAUAAGGAUUAUGUUAAAACUGUUACAUUAAUAAAUAUAAUCAAAAAAGAAGAGAAGCUUGGGUUGGUGACGACAAACCAAAGUCAGAGGAAUAAAAAUAAGAAAUAUGAUAAAAUUUAUUUAAGUAUUAGAUAUUUAGAAAAUUCUAAUUUUUUGUUAAUUAAGAAGAUUUA